AAGAGGGAGAGGCGGAAGAAUCGGGUAGCAAAAAAAGGGACGUAGACAACCCAACCCUGGAUUUCAACAGGAGAUUCCACGAAGAAGAAGAAGAUGAUGUGGCGUCACCGCUGCCGCCAGUCUAGUCUGUGGUGGAGUCUUGAACCAGUGGUCGUUAAACCGGUUUGAUCAGUGAAGCCCCUAGCCUAGUCUCUCUCCUCUCCUCUCCUCUCCUCUGCUCUCCUCUGCUCUCCUCUGCCUCUCCUCUCCUCUCCUCUCCUCUCCUCUCCUCUGCUCUCCUCUGCUCUCUCUCUCUCUCUACCUCGCUCUUCCUUUCCCUUUCUCUUUAAAUGUAAAUUACAUCGGGUUGUUUCUCAGUAUAAGUAAAGCAAGUCUCCGUGACGUGAGAUAUUCUAAAAACCGUCAAUGAAGAUGUUGAUGUGUGACCGGGGCGUCCAGAUGCUGGUGACCACCGUAGGGGCUUUCGCCGCCUUCAGCCUCAUGACGAUAGCGGUCGGUACCGACUACUGGCUGUACUCGCGAGGGACGUGCAAAAGCAAAAGCACCAAUGACAACGAUACGAGCCGGAAGAACGAAGAGGUGAUGACUCACUCUGGUCUGUGGCGAACCUGCUGUCUGGAAGGAACAUUCCGAGGUGUGUGUAAGAAGAUCGAUCACUUCCCAGAGGCUACAGAUUAUGAGGCAGACGCAGCGGAAUACCUUCUCCGAGCGGUCCGAGCCUCCAGCAUCUUCCCCAUAAUGAGUGUGGGUCUGCUGUUCCUGGGAGGGCUGUGUGUGGCCGCCAGCGAGUUCUACAGGAGCCGUCACAACGUCAUCCUCAGCGCUGGCAUCUUCUUCGUUGCCUCAGGCCUCAGUAACAUCAUCGGCAUCAUCGUCUACAUCUCGGCUAACUCUGGUGACCCGGGUCAGAGCGACAGUAAGAAGAGUUACUCGUACGGCUGGUCCUUCUACUUCGCGUUGUCCUUCAUCAUGGCGGAGAUGGUUGGCGUUCUGGCGGUCCACAUGUUUAUAGAGAAGCACCGAAAGCAGAGGGCCAAGUCUCGUACAGAACUCAUCAAGAAAUCAGCGUUCAGCCGUAUCCCGUCGUACCGUUACCGCUUCCGACGUCGCUCUAGCAUCCGGUCCUCCGAGGCGGCCAGCCGGGAUACAUCUCCCAUCGGGAAAGGGGGGGGUGGCGGUUACACCGGCCCGGCAGCCUCCGACCUCCCCAUGUAUACUCUCACCCCCCGCGAAGCCGGAUCCAAGGCCGCCAUGGGAGGAGGAGGAGGAGCGCUCAAUUCAGAGAGGGAGUUUCUACAGGGCGGUACUCUGGCCAAUACCAAGGACUACGGCAAAGACGCGGCCAAUAGGAGAACCACGCCCGUCUGAGGGAAAUGCGGGACCUAGGAGACGAUUGGACGGGAGGCGGAUAAUAAUGACGAUGAGACAGUGAGGGAGGAAAGAGGAAGAGGCAUUAUGAACUUUGACCUCUACGCAACCUCCAGGGAUAAUUAGCAAAAGGGGAUUGGAAUUAGACGUUUGGUUUUUGGAUACCCACAGAUCUAGAAUCAGAUUCCACAACCUUUUUUAAACCCCUUAAACUCGUCCCCUAAUCACAGUCCUCUAUUACAGGGGUGGGA